AUGCAGCUUAAUAUUAUUGCAACAAAUUUGUAUUCUAGGCAUAUUUUGACCUCACCCCACCACAAAAAACAAGAAUUUUUAUAGAAACCACACAAAUUGCUGAUCCGUGCACACAUAAAUAUUUCCCCUUGAUUCUCUCUGCAUAGAAUUUUCAUUCUUAUUUUAAUUGAGCUGUUCCUGCAGCAAACAAUUAACAAUUUAAUAACAUUAUGUGUAAUUAACCUCCCCAACAAUAUACAAUUUUGAACCAAAGUUGUGUUCUUGUCAGUUUUCACCCCUCUUUUUCUUUUUUCUACUAUUAAAGUCCCUCUUUUUACACUUUAAAACGAAAGCAAAUAGGAAACUCCUAAAAAGAUGGAUUCUGUGAAACUGUCUUCCAUGGCUCCGAAAAAGAGUAAAUUUGCACGAACGGUCGCAAAAGUUCUUCAUCUUCGAGCAGCAACUGGGAUUUCUCCCACCGAUGGCGUGCAGAAAGUCGAGUCCGAGGAGGUCAAAAAUGAUAAACUUGACACCAACACCACGGUUAAAUUGUUCAGCUUCGAUGACGAUAAACAACUCCAAAAGAGUCUUGCUAUAGAGGCUCUUCUGGCAAAACUGUUUGCGAGCAUUUCGUCUAUUAAAGCAGCCUAUGCUCAGUUGCAGUAUGCUCAGUCUCCUUACGACGUUGACGGGAUCCAAGCAGCUGAUCAACUGGUCGUUUCCGAGUUAAAGAGUCUAUCGGAAUUCAAGCAGUGUUACAAUAAGAAACAGUUUGAUUCUUUUCCUGACAAGACUGUGCUGAUGGCCGAACUGCAAGAGCAGAAGAGUGUUUCAAAAAUAUAUGAAAUUAUGGGAAAUAAAUUGGAAUCUCAAAUGAGGCUCAAGGACUCGGAAAUCAUAUAUCUUAAAGAGAAACUGGACGAGUCCGAUAGCUUUAAUCAAUUGCUAGAGAAGAGAUUAAAUCAGAGUGGCCAAAUUUCUGUGCCUGACAAUCUUCACCGGUCAGGUUUGAAUCCUAGCCAUUUCAUUGCAGUAGUUCGAUUUACGGUCAAGUCUAUUAGAAGCUUUGUCAAGUUGAUGAUGGAUGAGAUGAAAGCUGCUGAUUGGGAUGUGGAUGCUGCAGCCGGUUCAAUCGCUCCGGAUGUUGUUUUUUCAAGAGACGAUGAUAGAUGCUUCGCGUUCGAAAGUUUCGUUUGCAGGGAAUUUUUCGAUGGUUUUCAAAUGCCAAACUUUUCUCUUCCCAGCAAAAGGUACAAUAAAGAGGUAUAUUUUAAGAGAUUCACACAACUCAAAUCUAUGAAAGCAAAAGACUAUCUUUCCCGGAAGUCGAAAUCGAAAUUUGCAAAAUUUUGCCGGGCCAAGUACUUGCAAAUAGUUCAUCCAAAGAUGGAAUCAUCAUUUUUUGGCAAUUUGAGUCAAAGAAGCCUAGUGAGUUCGGGCGGUUUUCCGGACACUAGCUUCUUCGCCUCGUUUGCAGAAGCGGCAAAGCGUGUUUGGGUUCUACAUUGUCUGGCCUUUUCUUUCGAGCCGGAAGCUUCAGUUUUUCAAGUGAGCAAAGGCUGCCGAUUUUCUGAAGUUUACAUGGAAUGUGUAGCUGAGGAUUCGUCAUACGAAGCCGACCCUCCGGUCGCAUUCACUGUUGUUCCAGGUUUCAGGAUUGGUAAAACUAUAAUACAGAGCCAAGUGUAUCUAUCUCCAAUUCAAACCAAGCUUACUUAAUCAUUGAUUUGCAAUGAGUUUGAUCAUAGCUGAUUGUGUGUCUGUGAGAAUGAAAAAUGGACCCACACAUAACAUCAGAGAAUGAACUGGAUGACUUAGUCAUCAGGAUUGCAUUUAGUUUAGAAAAUUGAUGAUGAUGGUUAAUUUGUAUUUUGUGGGCAUUUGAAAAGGAAUAGCGAGUGGAGUGUUGGGAACAACCUUAGAUUUUGAUUUAUCAAUUAUGGAAAGACAUCCUUGCAAGUUUUGUUAAUAUUAGGUGAAUAAUAGAAACAUUUUGUUUAUGUAAAUAAAUAAUAGGGCUUCUUU